AUGCUGUAUACACCUCGCGACGUGCAUGAUACGCCGGGGUUCUAUAUGGAGGGCUUGAGCGUUGAUUCAACGCCAACCACGGAGUACCGCUUGAGUAGCUUUUCCAACUGCUCCAGCCCUCCCGUGAACGACGAGUCUUCGUACGGCUCCUCUUUUUUGAGGGUGUCCAGCCAAGACAACUGCAAGGAGGUGUACUGCCUCUUUGCCUCACCACUGGGCCAUCCAGCCAUCAAUGUGAGGUCGGAGGUAGAGACCAUCCAGGAGGCCUUUGAAGAAUCUGGCUCGGGAGCUCGACUAAACGUGGGCGUGGCCACUGUGCAAUCUCUCUCGAAGCUGCUGACGUUGGCGAAGUCACAGAAGGGCCUUGUCCUUCAUCUGUCUGCACACUCAAUCCGCUCCGACAAGGGCGAUGUUGGCCUGGUGCUGGAAGACUCCUGCGGGAAGGCGCACGUCCUUUGGAAGAAGCGGCUAGAGGAGAUCCUCGGUAUGAAGGAAAGCGGUCUUCGAAGUGUAUCCCUGCUGUUUCUGAGCACCUGCUGGUCGCAGGAGCUUGCCCAGGUCUUUGUUGAGUGCGGUUGCCCUCACGUGGUGUGCUUGCGAAGUCCGGUCUACGAUGUGGCCGCGCGGAGGUUUUCUCAGCAGUUUUACCUCUCCCUGGGAGUGGGCGAGUCGCUCCUCUCGGCUUGGCAGACGGCACGGAGCUGGCUUUGCACCGAUUCCAAGCCCGAGCUUGCGGAGCAGGCUGAUCACUUUGUCCUCUUUGGCCAGCGCGGAGCGGACAAGGUGACCCUCUCGGAGCUUUGUGGCGAAGAGGCCGAGAAACCAGAGGUCGGCAGUCUGCGCAAGCUGGAGGCUGCUUCCCGCUUCCUCGUCGCCGAGUCGCUGAUACCACCCAGGCCGGAGAACUUCCUGGGCCGUCCGCAAUUCAUCCAUGAGGUUCUCCACCUGCUCAGCGGCCAUGACAGCCGUCGUGCCUGUACCGUUUGGGGUGCUGAGGGCAUCGGCAAGUCGGCCUUUGGGGUGGAGUUCGCUCACUUUGCGACCGCACCGGGGCGUCCCUUCUCGUGCUCUUCACAGAUUCUGAAGAUUGAGUCGAGUGGUGCUGUCAGCACCGGCCUGAGAACCACUAUCAGGAGGGAUACCUCCACCGAAGGCGAAGGAAAGAGCCUUCACAAGACAUAUAGAUUGGUGGUGUUAAGGUAUACCCUGCAAAGCAAGGCUCGAUUGCCAAAGGCAUAA